CCCACAGCUACCAGCAGCAGUGAGAGAGCAAAGCGUGAUUGCACUUCCUGAGCUUCUCCAGGCAGGGCUGGGGAUGGCUUUCAAGGACAGACCUCAGUGGAUUGGCCCAGAGCACCUCUCUCCCCCCUCUCCCUCAUUACAUUCUCGGUUGCAGAGAUUGGACAAGCCUGUGACACAUGGAAAAGGAGGGUAUGAAUAAAUGGUGAGAAGGGCUGUGGAGAUAGCAGCCAUCUAGCUGGGAGAAGUUUGCAGGAGUCUCAAGAGUGGCAACGCACUUUGAAGGGUGUACAAAGCCAGCUGCGUGCAAAGCAGGAGAGGCACCAGGCACUGAGCUGCACAAGAGGGAGCCCAGCAACAAGCCAGAAGCAAGUGCAGCUUCAGCUCCAGUGGAGGUGUGCACCGUGCAGCUUUCCUCCCACAAAGCCCCCGGAGUCCCAGAGUGCAGCCAUGUCCUUGGCAGUGAAGGAGAAGAACCACGUGCGCCUGGUCUUCCUGGGUGCGGCAGGAGUGGGCAAGACAGCACUGAUCCGCCGGUUCCUGAUGGAUACCUUCGAGCCCAAGCACCGACGGACCGUGGAGGAGAUGCACAGCAGGGAGUAUGAGGUGAGCGGGGCCACUGUCAAGGUGGAAAUCCUGGACACCAGUGGGAGCUACUCCUUCCCAGCCAUGCGCAAGCUCUCCAUCCAGAACAGUGAUGCCUUCGCUCUGGUCUAUGCGGUGGACAAUGCCGAGUCUUUCGAGAGCAUCAAGAGCCUGCGGGAGGAGAUUCUGGAGGUGAAGGAAGACAAGUUUCCCCCCAUCGUGGUGGUGGGCAACAAGGCAGAGCUUGGUGGGGGGAGGCAGGUGCUGGCUGAGGAUGUCCUUUCUCUGGUGGAGCUAGACUGGAACAGCCGCUUCCUGGAGGCAUCGGCCAAGGAGAACAACAAUGUGGUGGAGGUCUUCAGGGAGCUCCUGCAGCAAGUCAACCUGCCCAGCCGGCUCAGCCCAGCACUGCGCAGGCGGAGGGAGACCUUCCCCCAGGACAACUCGCUGAGGCCACCCAUGAACAAAACCAACAGCUGCACCGUCUGCUGAGCUGGGCUGGGCCAGGCCAGGCCAGGCCGGGGAGCACUGGCAGCAAGAGGACUGUGUGGGAACUCAGGUGGGCUGGGUGGAGAGAUGAGGCUGCAUGCGUGAUAGUGACACCCUUCCCCCUCCUGAUCCCUGCCCAGCCUGCUAAAAUGUUCAGUUUGUAGAUCAAAAUGAGGGAGGGGCUAGAGAAGGACGCUGGUCUGGAUGGCGACCCAAGGGGAGCUUUCAGUCUCCAGAGGCAGAAAGCGUGCAGGACAUGCUGCAGUCUUUUUCCGCGGUGCUAUACACAGGAACAGAGCUAGCCUGGACAGUGUGUGCACUGAGAGAAAGCAAGCUAGAAACUCUGGGAGAAAGCUCAUGGCAUUUGUGAAGCCUGUAAGCUUUCAGGGCAAGAGUGUGAGAUGCCUUGCAUGAUAGGAGGGGGAACAAACUUCUGCAGCAUGUAUUGGAAAGUAGAAGCAUGCACUGGGCACUGUAGGGCUUCCCACUGGUUCCAGCCCUCUGGGUUUCUGUUUGGAUCCUGUGCUCACCUAACCCCAAGCAUCUGCACACACGCUCUCUUGUGCAAGCUUUGUUUACAACAAAACAACAGUGUCCAAAGUAGUUCUGAUUUUUGCACUUCUAGGUAGGAGAAUAGAGUAACCGGUAGGGCAGUUGAUGCGCCUUCUGUUUUUUUUAACCAUCAUAUCCAAUAAAAAGCCACAUCACAAAGUCA